UAGUUGGUCGGCAACGAACUCGUGGACUUGAGCAAAAACACACGAAAACCAAAGAAGAUCGUACAGAAAGAUUCAAUCAACAAGGAAGUUUCGUUUGGAAGCAAUUAUCUCUCGUUGGAAACGCGAAGAAAUUUGAACACGAAUUUUGAAACCACGUACUAUUGAGAGCAUAAACCUCACUGGCGGAGCUUGUCAAUCAACAGGAAUUAAAGAAACCCCAAAAGAUUAAGAAGAUAAGAGAUAUAGGUGUUACGACACGCUCCUGUGAUUUGUGAUUGGCCAUCACCAAGGAGAGUAAAUUUACCAUACGCAUCCUGGAAGGGCAAUAAAAAUAAUGCUAUCACUUAGCUGGCUUUUCACUUUGUUGUUCUGUAGUUAAAGGACGUUAUUAAUCAAGAAUCUUGAAGAAACUGGUAAUAUCACACAAAUGUUUUAUCCCAUCAACAUGACUUCAAUGGCCAACGUAUCAGACGUGAACACUAGCGUCCCGAUCGAGCAAGCAACACACGAAACUUUAGAAUUCAAAGUCGUGAAGAUUAUUUUUUAUUGUAUUAUUUUGACUUGCAGUACUAUUGGGAAUGGUCUUGUUAUUUAUGUUAUCAAGGCUAAUGAACGAAUGAGGACACCUUCGAAUAUCCUAGUGUUAAACCUCGCCGUCUGUGACCUUGUUACUCCUCUCAUAAGCAUCCCGUUUGACUUCGCCGUAGAAGAGAAUGGUUAUGCCUGGAUGUAUGGUGGGUUCAUGUGUAAGAUUCUAUGGCCAGGAGCAACGCUGUCGACUACGUCCUCUUCUCUUACUUUAGCAGCGAUCUCCUUCGAUCGAUACAGAGUCAUUAUGCAUCCGUUUAAAUCCAAGUUAAGCAUGGAUAAAAUCAAGAUCAUUAUCUUUCUUAUCCAUAUGUUUUCGAUAUUCGUUAUCACUCCGUAUAUCUAUGUACUGCGUUUACAAGGAAGUCAUUGCUACGAGAAUUGGCCUGGAUACGAGUACCGCCAAGCCUAUACAUUGUUUCUUUUCUCGGUACAGUAUUGUAUCCCUUUGAUAUUCAUGACAAUUAUGUACACCUUAACAUUGAAAAGUCUUUUCUCAGCGUCCGUCAAGACUUGGGUCAUGCGCAAAGACCGCGUUGAAGAACAACCAAUCACAAACAACCAGGAAAGCGACGUCUCUGUCACGGAUAACGACCAUACCCAGAAGAAAAAGAAAUGGCGGCUUCUUCAAAUCAAUCCGCAAGGAGCAAGCGAAGCAAACAAGCGCGCGACAAAGAUGUUCAUCGUUAUUGUCAUCGUUUUUGCAACGUGUAUGUUCCCAAAUCAAGUCGUUUGGUUUUGGUCGGAUUUUGACAACGGAAUGGCUCAUAAGCACUAUAAAAUCGUCUCGAUAAUCUGCUGGAUUUUUACUUAUACGAAUAGUGUAUGCAACUCGGCUAUUUACGCUGUGUUUAGCAAUGACUUUAGAAAGGGAUUUUACCAUGCAUAUGGGAAAUUCUGUUGUAAGGUAAUUGAACAGUACGAAGUGAACUCGAAAUACCCGGAUUAUCCCUGUAAUCAUGUUAGACUGAAGCAACUCAAAGAUGAAAAACCGAAUGAACCUCAGGUGAUAAGCUGACUGGACGGAUGAACUUUUGCGAUAUCCUAAAUCUUUGUGAUACGAUAUAAAGCCCCUUAAAGCAAUACCCAGUGAAGCUCAGAACAAAACACUGAAAUUCAUUUCUCAGAAAUUCACUAAUUUCACUGAAAUUCAUUUCUCAUUACGUCAUCCCGGUCUCUUGGGGGAGCGCUAGUGGCAUUCAGUGGCGGAUCCAGGGGAGGUGAGGGGUGCAGAGGGUGCGCAACCAUCCUGGUUCGACUUUGUGCCCCUAUACUUCGAAGAUAACCAAUACGAAAUAAUGUUUUUCCCCUUUGAUCCCAAGGGGUGCACCCCUCCCUGGGUUAACUUUGUGCGCAGCACCCCUCCCUGAACAAAUUCCUGGAUCCGCCCCUGGGCAUUUCACAAAGAUUUCUUAUUAGCAUCCACUGUUAACGGCACAAUGGCCGCCAUGGUUUUGUCUUUUGACUCUUUUGGGAAUGCUUACGACCCAUUAAUUCUCCGGUUUCGAGAUCUCCAUUGCUCAGGGUUAGCCUUGACUUUGUGCAGAAAAUUUAUGUUUUUCAGUGAAGGUCCGUGGAAUUUCAAAUUGUUGGUAUUGUUGGAGUUGUGCAUUCUUUACUUUUUACCGUUGGUAUUUGUGUAUAUCAUUUUAGACACCGGCACUGAUUCUAGGCUAGCCCCUGUAAAUAAGGAUGUCAUCAAGGCAGUAUUUUGGAACUCGAAAAUGGUCUAUUACCGGAGCUGCCUUGGGAGUAUGCUUCAGAGGGCUUUAGGUCUUCUCUCUUUCGUAUCAUCCACAGCGAAAUUCGAAAGAAUCCUACCUCAUGUAGAUAACGACUAGUUUUGGAACUAGUUUGGACUGCGUCGGUGUUUUUUAGUUGAAACAAAUGUGUCGUAGUGGAUAAUUUUAUCACCGUAAAUACGAAAGAUAAUAGACUGACGUUUCGGACGUUAGUCCUUCGUCGGAGUCAAUGAGAGAAAGAGAAUGAUGGAGGGGUUUAUAUAGUGGUGUAGGGAGAAAACAAACCAAUAAUGUAGUAUUUACAUUUGAGGCCAAUAGGUCACUUGCAUUAUAGCUUCAUKUAUUAUCACUACCAUAAUCCUUUGCACAAUGUCUUUUCAUUAAUUAAUUAGCAUCAAUAUGUCUUACUUUUCUCAUGAGGGAAUACAAAUUUGAAGAGGAAGAAGUGGUAGUAGAAUGACGCCAUCAUGCCGCUGACGGCCUAUAUAUAGACCCCCGCGCGGGUUACCUUCGACGCAAUCUUUUCCCAUUUCAAACCACUUGUUAUUCUCUUGAACAUAAGAUCUCUCGUUUGAGUUGUAUCCAUAUUCAUGUAUCUUCUCAUGCUCAACCGUUAAACGAAGAAUUGGUUUAUAAACAUGGUCGCCAUUUCAUUUCAUUUCAUUCUCUUUGUAAGUGGCCAUGAUUUCAAACCUACUUCGGGGCAGGCUGGUCCAUUUGUACGCGCCAUAUGCCAAAGAAAAUUUCUACCUAAUCCCUAUAAUAUAAAUGAGCAAACGUACAUUCGACGACUACCAUUAUACUUUAACAUAACAUGCUUAAACCUUUUGGGUUUUUUUUCGACUUAUAUACAAAAGACUGUAAAACAAUGUCUUACUUGUUUGUACGAUAUUCUUUGUUUAGCGUGCGUUGAAAGUUCGGCCAGCCUUGAUCCAGCUUCAACGUUUUGCCCUUGACAUCCAUGGUCGACUACUAGUCAUUUGUAAUAUGGAAAUUUCCAAUGUUUUUGAAUACUUCACGUGAAAAUUUAGUAACAAUUUUUACUGAA